GUGAUCAGCACCGUGUUCUCACAUUGGAUGCUGUAUAGAUCUGAUCAAUGUCCUCCUGCGAAAGAGUGGAUACUCAUGAAAAUAUUCAGCUAAAUGUUAGCUAUCCGGGGCUUACUGUUGUAACACUCUUUUUUUUGUUUUGUCUUAUUUCAUGAAAGUUUAGGUCAACAUGUGCGGUGGUUGUGUGCAUAAAGAAUACCCGGACCGGGGUAACACUUGUCUGGAGAACGGCUCCUACUUGAUGAACUAUCUGGGCUGUGCGAAGUGCCAUCAGAGAGACUUUGUCCUGAUCAGCAACAAGGCCACCGAGGAUGAUGAUGGGGAGGAAAUUGUCACAUAUGACCAUGUCUGCAAAAACUGUGACCACGUCAUCGCCAGACACGAGUACACGUUCUCUGUUGUAGACGAGUAUCAGGAGUACACGAUGCUCUGCAUGCUGUGUGGAAAGGCUGAGGACUCCAUCAGCGUGUUACCAGAUGACCCCAGGCAGUCUGCACCUCUCUUCUAAAUAUGAAAAACAGAAAACUGCGAUUUUCAGCUUCUGCAACAUGGAUGACACUGGCUGCCCUUUAAAAGGUUCCAAUCGCCAAUCAUCACCCAUCGAAAGUGAAUACCAGGCUUUGCUGCUUGCUUUAAAAUAGUUUUGAAAUGCUCUUUGUGAUAUUGGCAGUUGAGCAAAAUUUUAUUGUAGAAAAAAAAUCCUCUUUAUUUUAAUUGAUAAUUGACUGUAUAUAAAGAUUUUUGUACUGCUGCAUUGGGUUGAAAUCAUUUCAAAAGAUGUGCUGCUUCCCCUUUCUCACUUGGUUGGUUUGGAUAUACUGAAUUAAAUUAAAUCAUUUAAUGAAAA